UUGCGUUAUGCACGCUUGCACCGAGUUUGUGUAACAGUUUCGUCGUUUGUCUCACACAUCGUUAAAAACAGAUGUGCAUUAUCUGUUCUUUCAGGUAAUUUGUGUUCAAUUUGAUCAUGAAGUGCCAGGAAGUUGCACUGAAUACUGCGAUAAAUGCGUGCUGCGGAUGUCUGGUGAAACAAACCGAGUGAACCUUGAAAUUGCCGCGAAACUUUUCAGUGUUGUCUGAUCAGUUCGCUGUUUCAGAAACCGUUUUUGUUCCUGCGCCUCCAUCCACUGUCUCUCAGGCCUGAAAUCAGAGCCGGUUGGCUGAGCAAGGCCCUAGAAACUGAUGAGGACUUACGAAUGAAAAAAGGAUGAUGAUGGCCCACAGACCUCUUGCUGUGAGACAAGAUGGACUGUCAGACCUUCCUCACAAGCUCCUGCAGUGCCUGAUGCCUUUCCAAAGGGAGGGAGUGGAGUUUGCUUUAUCAAGGAAUGGACGAUGUAUGAUUGCUGAUGAGAUGGGUCUUGGGAAGACUGUGCAGGCCAUCGCAGCGGCGUACAUCUACAGACAGGAGUGGCCCCUCCUGGUGGUGGUGCCCUCGUCCCUGAAAUAUCCCUGGAUCGAGGAGCUGGAGAGGUGGAUCCCCGAGCUGCAGCCGGGAGACAUCAACCUGGUGGAGAACAAGAGCCACACCAUGAGAAUCAGCAGCAGCAAGGUGACCGUGCUGGGUUACGGCCUGCUCACCGCAGAUGCAUGCCCCCUGGUGGAGGCGCUGAACAGGCAGCGGUUCGCGGUGGUCGUGGUGGACGAGUCGCAUUACCUGAAAUCCAGGAACGCGGUGCGGACUAAGAUUCUGGUUCCUCUCAUUCAGAGUGCCAAGCGAGCCAUCCUGCUCACGGGUACCCCGGCCCUGGGUCGCCCUGAAGAGCUUUUCAUGCAGAUUGAUGCCCUCUACCCCAGGAAGUUUGGAACGUGGACCGACUACACUAAGAAAUACUGCAACGCUCGCUACAGGUACUUUGGGCCUCGCAGGCAGUGGGACUGUCGCGGGGCAUCCAACCUGGGGGAGCUGCACCAGCGGCUGAGCCAGAUCAUGAUCCGUCGUCUCAAAGCCGAGGUGCUCAGUCAGCUGCCCCCCAAAAUCCGCCAGCGUAUCCCCUUCAACCUUCCCAAGGAGGCUGCAAAGGAGGCCGCAGCCAACCUCGCCGAGUGGGAGGGACUGAUGAAGGGACUGCAGCCGGGGGUCGACACCACAGACAACCCCUUCACUCAGGUCAUGGGCCUGAUCACGCGGAUGUACAAACAAACAGCUAUUGCCAAGGCGGGAGCUGUGAAGGACUACAUUAAGAUGAUGCUGGAGGCAGAGCAGCUGAAGUUCCUGGUGUUCGCCCACCACCUCACCAUGCUGCAGGCCUGCACCGAGGCCGUCAUCGAGGCCAAGGCUGGUUAUAUCCGUAUCGACGGCAGUGUCCCGUCCUCAGAACGAAUCCAGUUGGUCCACAAGUUCCAGAGUGACCCAGAGACACGUGUGGCCAUACUCAGCAUCCAGGCAGCCGGGCAGGGUCUGACCUUCACCGCUGCCAGCCACGUGGUGUUUGCUGAGCUCUACUGGAACCCCGGGCACCUCAAGCAGGCUGAAGAUCGAGCCCACCGCAUCGGACAGACGUCCUCGGUCAACGUGCACUACCUCAUUGCCAAGGACACCUUUGACACCAUCAUGUGGUCCAUGCUCAACAGGAAGGAAUCUGUGACUGGCAGCACCCUGAAUGGCAGGAAGGCAUAUCUGAAGGCGGACGAGGGCAACAGGGACAAGUGGGAGUUCCUCAGCUUUUCAGACGCGUGGAUGCCGAGCGAGAUGGUGCUGCCGCUGGAGGGAAACAUAGGGAGUGUCAGCGAUGACGUGUUCUUCACUCAUCUUGAGAAAGAAAAGCAGCACGACAUUCGUUCCUUCUUCUCCCCGAGCGCCAGCAAGGAGAAGAAGAGGAAGAGAACAGGAGAUAAAGAAACAUAUCCCUCCGUCUCUUCAGAGAUGACGGCUACACCAACUGCCACUGCCGCCAUGUCUGUAGAAUCAGAGGAGAGGAAAGGGAAGUCCUGCUCCCAGAGCAACACCCCUCUGCCUGAUCACGACUUCUCCCCCCAGCUCAAGAAGCUCCGGACGCCACAGUCCAGCACGACCCCCAGGUCCCGAUUCGAGGGGAAGCGGAGGUCGUCAGCAGGAGGGAUUGGCUCCGGCAGUCCCAGCACCACAGUCUCGUUCAUGGCCCCGCGGAAGCUGUCGGAGCCCGAUCCCCCCGCUGAGACGUGGAACUGCGGGGCCUGCACCUACGCUAACAGCGGCCUGCUGCCCUACUGCGAGAUGUGCGAGUUCCCACGCUCUUCUUCUGCUGUUAGGUCAGGGCCAUUCAGGCCUUGGCAGCCCCCCUCAGCCGAGCGGGACCAGACAUGCGUUGUCCUCUCCAUCCCCGACAGCGAGCCAGAGCUCAGCCGAGGAAAAGCCCAGCCUCAGAAAUCUUGCAAAGACAAACAGAGCGAGGAGGAGGAGGAGGAGGAUGAGCUUCCGAAAGACAAACAGAAACCAGGAGAAGCAGAGGAGGAGGACAAGCGGCAGCUCAAAGGCAAACAAUCAGCGGGAGAGCGAGGCGACAACGUUGCUGGCGGUGGCGGUCGCCUCCCCCCUGACCACACACAUGCUACCUGUGCCCCCCAACGGUCUGGGACUGAAUCCCUCUGCAGCUUCCCCUGCAGUGCCUCCUGCACUCCUCCUACUUCGAGGUGCAGAAAUCCUAAAGACCGGAGAGCAGCGGCGUGUCUGUCUUCUGCUGCUGAUCUUAAUGACGAUGAUGAGGGCAAUGAUGGAGAUGACGCCAGCGCCGCCCAUCCCGUCUACACGGGGCUGCAGUUCUGUGCCAGCCAGUACACAGACCGAAUAUAUCUGUACACCAAGGACGGCACUUCACUGAACUUGAGCUUCGUCCCUCUGGACAUCAAGCUAACCAACUGGGACGACCUGCCCGAGGCCCUCAGCCAACGCCGGGAAAAUCGAAUACAGGUCUUGAGGUUCGUUCAGGAGUGGAGCAGCCUGGCAGCCAUGAAGCAGAAGCUGCUUCGCCGCAGUGGCCUCCUCUUCCACAGCCCCACUUUUGGCCUGCAGCAGCUGGCCACCACCCAGCGCCCCCACUCGAGCACCAAGAGGUACCUGACCAAAGACGAGGUGGCCCAGGCCUCCCUGAGCAAGGCCCAGCAGGAGGGAGGCAGCGUCCGACUGGUCACCAAGGAAAACUUCUUCUCGAAAAGGAGGUCCUCCGCUUCCCUAACACCGCCAGCUUCAGAGAGGCAGGACAAGGACUCCGGUAAGACAGCAGUGGAGCAGCUGUCAUCAGAGUCCGGCUAUCUGCAGGCAGUGGACAGUGAGGGUGUCCCUCUGUGUCUGUCCUGCCAGCAGCCCUGCCUCACCACUGGCGGGCCGUGGGACACUCGAUUCUGCAGCCACAGGUGUCAGGAGGAGUUCCAGCUGCGCUCCAGCCAAAAGUACAUGCGCUCUCGGGUGCUGGAGGUGGAGAAGGGCGUCUGUCAGCACUGUGGCCUCCAUGCCCAUGAUCUUUUCCUGAAGGUCCGUGGCGCCCCGCCCUCUCAGCGCAAGGAGAUACUGGAGAAGACUUGGCUCGCCCAGCUGUCUCUCAAACAGCUGAACGAGAUGAUCCGCGCUCCGGUCGAAGGGGAUUUCUGGCAGGUCGACCACAUCCGCCCGGUCUACAGCGGAGGAGGACAGUGCUCUCUGGACAACCUGCAGACGCUCUGCACCGUCUGCCACAAGGCCAGGACGGCUCGGCAAGCCAAAGAACGAAGCCAGACGAGGAAGAGCGCCACAGCCUCCAAAGUUGCGUCAGACAUCAGCAGGUUCUUCAUCAGGAAAUGAAACAUUUUCAAGCAGUAGGCGUCUCUUAUUCAGCUCAAGAGGUUGCUGAAAAUAAAUCAUCACCCUCCCACCAGUAUGUGAGAAUGUCCAGAUGGUUGAAUUUUCACUGACGUCCUCCCGCUGAAUUUCCCCAUUGUCUUCCACGCUAAAAUUAGAAGGUAAUACAUGGUGAAAGCGCUGCGUCUGCUCUGAGGGUGCUAGUUAAUUAUCAGGAACUGGAUUUAUGUUCCACCCACAAAUGAAGCAUCAACGCUCCAUUGUGUGAGAGUGUCGAGUCCAAAGCUAAACCUUGAAAGCCCCUUGAGGUUUGUUGGAAGGGACUAAAUGGCAGGUUUCACUCUGAGACACAGUUCGUCCUGUUUGUUCCUUUUAGCAACAACACAAAAGAAAAAAAAAUGCCCUCAAGGUAAUUUAGACACUGACUGAUAUAGCCGACAUGUUUCUCCCCUCAUUGCCAUGAUUAUUAAGACACAAAGUAAUACAGACACACACACACGAAAAAAAAUUCACACUUAAAUAUUCUGCUCAUGCAGCAGCUCAACGUGUAUUUCCAAUCAUGUCUCGUUACCCCCAUUAACAUUACUAAUUCAGUAGCACAGCAACCUAAAUGCUGAACACUUCAGCACUCUGUUAGAGCUCCAGUGUGGCUGUUUCGAACAUAAUCUGCACUGAAAGCUGAUGUUGUGGUCAUUUAAUGUAAUCAGUAUUGUUCAAUAAGUAGCCUGUAGCAAUAAUCAGUUAAUCAAUCUGUCAUAAUGUAAGCAGACAAACGGCAGGAAAUGACCAUUGUGUGCUCUGCUUUGAGGGGAAUUUUGUGUGACAAACGACUUGUUUUAUCUUCAAAUUCAGUGAGGGCUUAAAUUCAGUGCAGAAUAAAUCCUAUGUUAUGAGGCGGGGAUUAAACCAUCUGC